CUCGACGAUUGUAAUUGGUCGCUCAAUUUAUUAAGAAUCAUGGCUUCUAACUUCAGUGGAGCCCUUCAGCUGACAGAUUUGAACGAUUUUAUCACACCUUCACAGGAAUGUAUCAAACCAGUUAAAAUUGACAGAAAACCUGGUAAAGUUGGUAAAAUAAGAAUUGAAGAUGAUGGUUCUUAUCUGUCUGUUAAUGAUGAAGGACAGGAGACCAGACUAGAGAAGGCAAAGAUCACAUUGAAUGACUGUUUGGCUUGUAGUGGGUGUAUUACAUCAGCAGAGAGUGUACUCAUAACUCAACAAAGUCAAGAGGAACUUUAUAAAGUACUCAAAGAAAAUUUGAGAUUGCAGGAGACUGGACAAGCUGAGCAGCAGAAGUUAGUAGUUGUGUCAAUAGCUCCCCAGUGUAGAGCCUCAUUAGCUGCCAAGUAUAAACUAUCUGUACAAGAAACUGCUGCCAAACUGACAGGAUUCUUCAAGAAAAUAGGUGUGCACUAUGUUUUUGAUACCACAUUUUCUAGGAACUUCAGUUUGUUAGAGAGUUGCAGAGAAUUUGUACAAAGAUAUAAGGAAUCAGAAACAAACAAAACAGCUUUACCAAUGUUGUCGUCUGCUUGUCCAGGUUGGAUUUGUUAUGCAGAGAAAACACAUGGACAUUACAUCCUACCAUACAUCAGUACAACUAAAUCUCCACAGCAAAUUAUGGGUUCUCUAGUCAAAGAUUACAUGGCAACCAGUAGAGGGGUACCAGCAAACCUGAUCUAUCAUGUGACAGUCAUGCCAUGCUUUGAUAAGAAACUAGAAGCAUCAAGAUCAGAUUUCUAUAAUGACAUCUAUAGUACAAGAGAUGUAGAUUGUGUCAUAACCUCAGUUGAAGUUGAUACAAUGUUGCAGCAGGAAGGAAUAUCUCUGAAUGAUGUUGAACCAGCUGAAAUUGAUAAUAUAUUUACCCAGAUACAUGAAGGACAGUUAUUAAACCAUGCUGGAGGAGGAUCAGGAGGUUAUUUAGAACAUAUACUCAAGUAUACUGCACAUAAUUUAUUUGGACAGGAUGUCACACAAAUAAAUUAUAAAGUCUUAAGGAACCAAGAUUUCCAAGAAGUCACUUUAGAAGUACCAGGACAGCCAGUCAUCAAAAUGGCAUUAGCUUAUGGGUUUAGAAAUAUUCAGAACAUUGUUCAAAAGAUAAAACGAGGAAAGUGCACAUACCACUUUGUGGAAAUAAUGGCUUGUCCCUCAGGUUGCAAUAAUGGUGGUGGGCAAAUCAGACCUGAGGGCGAGGAAACACCAAAAGAACUUGUAGAUCGUGUAACAGCAACAUAUAAUUCAAUAGGCAAUAGUUUGCCUGAUAGCUUAAAGACUGUGGUCGAUGUAUAUAAUGAAUGGUUAGGUGAAGUUGGGUCAGAGAAAAGUAGAAAGUUGCUUCAUACUCAAUAUCAUGAAGUAGAAAAAAUGACUAAUGCAUUGACAAUAAAAUGGUGAGACGAAGACUAUAUCUGUGAUAUUAUGAAUUUAUGCAUUAAAAAUAGUAAAAAAAUCUUAAUGUAAGUUCAUAUAUAUUUUGCUGUGUUUAGUAUGAACAAUUAUCACUGAACUUGCACCCAUUUUUGUUGAGGGGCCUGCUGAAGCAUGCCUCUGGGUUCGGGAUUUUCUUGCAGUGUUCAAGACCCAUUUGUGGCCUUUGUCUGUUUUCUACUCUUUGGUCAGAUUGUUGUGUCUUUGACACAUUUUGCAUUUUCAUUCUCAAUUUUAUUUUUCCUAUAUCAUGAAGUAAGCAGGAAUCAAAAUUUGCCCCAAACGUCCUCUUGAUGUCCAACUUGAAUAUUUUUCUGAUGUUUAUGACAUAACACUUAGAAACCUCUUUUUCAUUUUAAGGUGUUGAAAUGUUUGCAACAUUGACAUUGAUAAUCUGCUUACUAUUGAAAGGGAUUUUAUAUGUUUUUUCAGUAUAGAAAUAUGUUAUAACAACGUUAACUUAAGAUUAAACUACAAAUUGUUUGAUUUA